AUGAAAAUGAGAUUUAUAGAAGAUGGUGUUCAAGAACAAACGUUUUCACGUCAAAAGGACGAUGAAUUCGAUCAACCUGAAAUUCCUUCUGCUGAAUUUGAGUUGUCAAGCGAAGUGCAGGCACUGAAUGAACCUGAUACAUGUACAACAGCUGUCUAUGCAAGAGACUUGUUUGAUGAUGUUUGUAUUUGGGACAUUCCGCAGAUUAAAAGACCAAAGACCAGAAGAAAAAGUGGUGUCAAAUACAAACGGAAAUUAAAUUCCAAAAGAACCUCGUCCUCUAGCUACAUAAUUAAGAGAAAAUCACCUCGACAAAUUUGCAAAACAGAACGUCAGCUAAAGCAAAGACGGUUUGCUACAAGGGGAAAAGGAUUCUCAAAAUCUGGAAGGAAGGGUAAAGCAACCUCAAAACCAAGAGGAAAGCACAAAGCAACCUCAAAACCAAGAGGAAAGCGCAAAGCAACCACCAAACCUGCAACACUAGUGAAAUCAACCUCUCGAUCAAAGAUUUACGCAACUUCAAAAAGAGACAAAAAGGUUAAAGCAACUUCUAGACAAGCCUCAAAGGUAAAAGCAUCUCCAAAACAAACCACCCAAUCUAAACCAGCUUCAAAAACUAGAGGAACGGCCAAAUCCACAGGUUCUAAUGCUAGAACCCAAUCCAAAAUGUCUGCCAAGCCUGUGAAAGUCAACAAAGCUGCAGCACCCAAAAUGAGGAACACACGAACAGCCUCCCAGUCUGUGAGGAAACCCCCGGCACACAGGAGAGCUUCUGCUUCACACAGAAGAAGAGGCUGA